UCUCCCCGGCUCGAAGGUGUCUGGCCGCCGCCGCCGCACCCGAAUAGUCCGCCCUGAAGACCCCUUCCCUGUCCCAGGUCCUCUGACCACACGUCCUCCGCGGGGAUACCAGACCGCUAUUUUCGGCCAUGGCGACGAACGCGAAGCGAAAGCAGGAGGAGACUCAUUUGAAGAUGCUCCGGGAGAUGACGAGCCUGCCCGCGAAUAGGAAAUGCUUCGACUGCGACCAGCGCGGCCCGACCUAUGUCAACAUGACAGUGGGCUCCUUCGUCUGCACCACCUGCUCGGGCAUCUUACGAGGACUGAACCCCCCACACAGAGUGAAGUCCAUCUCUAUGACCACAUUCACGCAUCAGGAAAUUGAGUUUCUACAGAAACACAGCAAUGAGGUCUGUAAACACAUCUGGUUGGGCCUCUAUGACGACAGGACAUUAGUUGUUCCAGAUUUCCGAGAACCUCAGAAAGUAAAAGAGUUCCUUCAGGAAAAAUAUGAAAAGAAAAGAUGGUAUGUCCCUCCAGACCAGACAAGAACAGUAGCAAGUGUCCAGGCCUCGGUGUCUGGCUCCUCAGCCAGCAGCACUGGUAGUACCCCAGAAGUCCAACACCUCAAGACCCUGCAGCUCAACAAGGCCCCAUUGCGCCAGUCACCAGGGCGCGGUCGUUCCCAGGCUCGUAGCGCUGCUCAGGAGAAGAAGUUUGACUUGCUCUCAGACCUGGGAGGAGACAUCUUUGCUGCUCCAUCUACUCAAACUUCCAGCUCCACAAACUUUGCCAACUUUGCACAUUUUCCAAGCCAGUCAGCACUUCAGGGUAAUUCAGAUACCAACUUUGCCAACUUUGAGGCAUUUGGGAACACUACAAUUCCAUCCCACCUGAGCACGUCCCCCCCCUCAAAGUCCUUUUCAUCAGGGGGAGGUGUGCCAAUCCCAUCAAUGUCUCGUGCCGUCCCUGCCCAGUCUAACCAUAGAGAGGAUCGCUAUGCUGCUCUGGCUGAGUUGGACAACAAGCUUAGCUCCUCUGUUACCUCAGGCAGCAAUGUGCCAGGGAACUUAUUUGGACCAGUGCUUGGUUCAUCGCCAGCCCAGAAUCCACCUGUGUUACCCAGCAUGCAGCCUGGCUUUGGAGCCGUCCCAUCCACAAAUCCCUUUGUUGCUGCAGCUGUUGCCCCGGAGAUGGCCACCAACCCUUUCCAGGCCAAUGGCAGAGCUCCAGCCGCAGUAGCCUUGUUUGGCACUGGCUCUAUGAGCAUGCCCGCCGGCUUUGGGAAUGCAUCUUCCUACUGCCUCCCGACCAGUUUCAGCGGAAACUUCCAGCAGCAAUUCCCUGGCCAGGCUCCCAUCCCUUACUCUCAACCUGGGGUCUACCACCCUCAGUCCAAUGGCCCUGCAUUCCCAGUCUACGGUCAGAACAAGUCGUCCAUGACGCCCUUUGGGCAGCCCAUGGCUGGCCCUGGCAUGUCCAAUAACCCAUUCAUGGCUGGAGCCCCAGGCGGGUCGUUCCCUUCAGGGGGUUCAACCAACCCAUUCCUGUAGCACAACUCCCAGUCUUUGCCACCAGAGGGCAGCAUGCAGCACAUAUUCAACGACUACGUUCUGUCAUGCCAGGCAGUGCUUUUCUUUUUUUUUUAAACUUUUUUUUUUUUUUCAUAAAAAAAGGUUUACAGCACUAUGAAGGAAUACAAAGGACUAUAUUGAAGACUAUUAUAAGGGAAAUGUACUGUUUGGACUAUACACAAAACAUUAUAUGCUUUUUAUUUUUUUGUUUAUGACUGUAAGCUCUGUGCAUAUCAUCAUUUGUAAUCACAAUUAAGUAUAUGCUAUGUAUAACAAAGACUGAGUGAACAAGGGUGAGUAUACACACCCCUUGUGGAAAAAAUCCCACUACAAACUAUCUACGUAGGUAAGGGAAUAGACUCUGGUUGUAAUCAAAUCCAUAAUCUCUUGUUUGAAGCAACCAUGAUGAUGCAGGUAUUUCAGUCUCAAAUGGGAUUUAUUUUUGUUAUUUCAGCAUACUUGUGCUUUUACUGGAUCUAAGGUGCAACCAUUUCCUUUAUUAACUUACAAGUUGCCUAUAACCCAAACCAUGUAUGGUUAAAUUAGCGUAAUAUCCCAAGCAGGUGGAUGGGAUACAGCAUUGAUCCUGGACUAUUAGACAUAUUAUUGCCAAUAUCUGUGAAAUUGCGGGGGAAAAAGUCUGUGCCUUUUCUAAUUUGAAACCAGGGGCAGCUCUUUGAAUAUGUAGCCAGCAUAGAGUUCAGAUUUCUUUAGCCCACCACCUAAGGACAAGCAUGUCUACCAGAGCACAAAUGGAGGAAAGAGACAAGAUGAUGAGUACGUCUAUGUCCUAUAGAUAUUGGCAAAUUGUUAAAUAUGCUUUAAGUGACCUCUUUUGCCUUCAGAUAAACACUAUUUUAGGAAUAUGGGAAAGACUGUUAACUGUUGUGGGUGUGACCCAAAUUGGGUUGCAUCAAAAGUGAAGUAGUUAUUCACAUGGUUGUGGUUGACGUGUCCUCUUGACAGGGUAUGACAGGUUUACCAGACCCUGCACAGACAAAUACAUGUACAACACUUUAAACACAAUAUUUAUGCUGGAUAACCACCGCUCCACCUGGCUUGAUCUUUAUACGGUGCUGGAAGUAUCAAAGAGUUCUAACUGAUAAAAGAGAUAUCCGCACACUAUGCAGAGUACACUUUAUGAAGUAUAAAGGGUCUCUUCAAACUAAAUAUUUAUCAUAUGUUAGUUAUGUUGUAUUCACUACACUCCCUUAACAACUGUCUUCUUAUUUGCUUUCUUAUUAAAAAGCUUGCGGAGCGAAGAACAGGAUGAGGAGAAAUAUGGAUCUUCUUUCAGUUUGCUUUAAAU